AUGGUGCUGACGGAGAGCAAAACGCUCGAGGUUGGCACCAAAGCUCCGGCAUUCACGCUGCCUGAGCCUCUCACAACAAAUCAAAUAUCGCUCUAUAAUCUGGCUGAGGGAGCCCCAGCUCUUCUUGUGAUGUUCAUCUGCAAUCAUUGCCCAUUCGUGGUCCUUCUCAAAGAGAAGAUCGUGGAAGUCUGCAAGGAGUACAUGGACCAGGGUGUGGCUGUCGUUGCCAUCAGCUCAAAUUCCAUCAAGACCCAUCCACAAGAUGGACCUCAGCGCAUGGCUGAUGACGCCAAGAAUUUGGGUUAUCCAUUCCCUUACCUUUACGACGAGACACAGGACGUCGCCAAGCAGUACAAGGCAGCCUGCACACCAGAGUUCUAUGUGUUUGAUUCCAACCGUGAGCUCGCAUAUCAUGGCCAGUUUGACGAUGCACGGCCGGGGAAGGGUUUGCCUGUCACAGGCAAUGAUCUGCGUGCGGCUCUGGAUGAUGUCCUUGCUGGAAGGCCUGUCCAGAGACCGGUCAAACCAUCUAUUGGUUGUAACAUCAAGUGGCAUCCACGAUGA